AUGAAAAAUAAUUCACUGUCUGCAAAUUCAGAUGAAUACCAAAAAACGACCGUCGCCUCUCCCUCUUAUCCCGUAGUCGCCCCUCCCUCCUACCCCGCCGUCGCAAUUUUCUCCCAUCCCGCCGCCACCUCUCACCCCGUCAUCACCUCUCACUCCCACCCCCCUGUCGCCUCUCCCUCACUCCCCACCAUCGCCACUCCCUCCCAUCCCGCCAUCUCCACUACCUUCCACCCCGCCGUCGCCACUCCCUCCCAUCCCGCCAUCUCCACUACCUCCCACCCCACCGUCGCCACUCAACCGCAGCCGUCUCUUCUCCCAUCCCGCCGCCGCCACUCCCUCCUAUCCCGCCGCCUCCUCUCCCUCCUCCCUGCCAUCGCCUCUCCCUCCUCCCUGCCAUCGCCUCUCCUUUCCUCCCCACCGUCGCCUCUCCUUUCCUCCCCGCCGUCGCCUCUCCUUUCCUUCCCGCCGUCGCCUUUCCUUUCUCCCCGCCGUCGCCACUCCCUCCUCCCCGUCGUCGCCUCUCCUUUCCUCCCCGCCGUCGCCUCUUCUUUCCUCCCCGCCGACGCCUCUCCCUCCUACGCGCCGUCGCCUCCUUUCCUCCCCGCCGUCGCCUUUUUUUCCCUCCUCGCCGUCACCUCUCCCUCCCCCCCGCCGUCGCCGGAGCACGAGUGCAAGCGCAAGUGUUGUUUGUGUCUCGAUUGGUCUCCUCUUGCAUUGCACUUCCAUUUGAAGAAGGGGAGAGACGGAGCGCGAGGGAGAGCAUGUACACGGGAGCGAACACGCAAGAGAGUGCGCGUGAGAGCGGGCAUGAGAGUGCGCGUGAGGGAGAGCGUGAGAGAGCGCGUGAGGGAACGCAUGAUAGAGCGCGUGCGCAUGAGAGUGCUCGUGAGAGUGCUUGUGAGAGGGUGCGUACGCGGGCGCGUGCGCGUGGGAGUGCGCGUGAGAGAGCGCGUGCGUGUGAGAGUGUUCGUGAGAGUGCGCGUGAGAAAGCGCGUGAGAGAGCGCAUCGCAUAA